AUGAACAUUGAUGAAAAGUUCUUCAGGAAACACCAGCAAAUCCCUGAUCAGACCAUCGUAAGAACACCGUAUGGAGGUCGGCUGGUUGUCACCAUGCCUCAUGGGAACAACAUUGUGGUUCACUUCAAGGAUAAAGACCUCGUCCGCCACAAGAAGAGAUGGUCUCAGAUCAUGUACCUUUACUAUCUUCUGGGCUAUAAACUCAUGACCAAAUAUUACUCAAGCUGGAGGAUGGGAGAAAAUGAGAAGGAGUUGAAAGAAAUGGUCCAGAGAGAGAAGCACAACACCUACCUUCUGGCUUUAGAUGGGGACACAGACUUCCAGCCCAGUUCUGUGAUGCUACUCAUCGACCGUAUGAAGAUGUACCCUCGAGUCGGGGCAGUGUGCGGCAGGGUUCAUCCCACCGGAUCAGGUCCUGCAGUUUGGUUCCAGAAGUUCGAGUACGCCGUCAGUCACUGGCUGCAGAAGACAGCAGAGCAUGUGUUCGGAUGUGUGCUGUGCAGCCCCGGAUGCUUCAGUCUGUUCAGAGCAGCGGCGCUGAUGGACGACAACGUGAUGAAGAGAUAUUCAACCAAGUCCAUGGAGGCGAGCCACUACAUCCAGUACGACCAAGGCGAGGACCGCUGGCUGAGCAAUUUGCUCUUAAAGCAGGGCUGGAGGGUGGAGUACAACUCAGCAUCUGAUUCCUACACUAACGCACCAGAGGGCUUCAAAGAACUCUACAACCAGCGCCGGCGAUGGGGACCAUCCACAUUAGCUAACACCGUGGAUCUGCUGGGCUCCACCACCCUUAUUUCCAAGAGAAACUCAUCACUUUCCAAACCUUACAUGUUUUACCAGCUAUUUGCCAUCAUUUCAGUAAUUCUGGCUCCUGCCACCAUCUGUCUUAUGGCUGCAGGUAGUUUGACCUAUAUCUUUGGCAUCCAUUCUGGUGGUGCUCUGAUCAUUGCCGUGAUUCCUCCUGCCAUCUAUCUGGGUCUUUGCUUCCAUCUCAAGUCAGACACUCAGAUCACUAUAGCAGCAGUCAUGAGUGACAAAUGGUGA